AUGGCCGGGUUACUUAAACCUGCACGCUACAACAACCACCUCAGCAAUGGGCACCCCCCACGAGCCCCCCGCGGCAACCACGCCUCCCGCAGAGCCGCCGCCGGACGAGACCGUGACCGCGACCGCGACCGCGACCGAGAGCGAGAACGAGACCGCGCAGACCCCGACCUCGACCGCGACCGCGAACGAGACCGUGAGCGAGACCGUGACCGCGACCGCGACAGACACGGUGGCAGGGCCGCAGGACGCAAGCGCAGUCGCUCAAGAAGCCCCGACACCCGUCCGCACCACCGCAACAGAGACAGAGACAGAGACCGAGCACGAGACUAUCGCCGCCCACCACCACCCUCCCGUGACCACGACGCACCCCCGCCAGACCGCGAAUACACGAUCCGCGGCGGGCGCAGCCGCGACGAGGAUCCAAAGUCGCGGCGGCACCGGUCGCGCUCGCGGGACCGCCGGAGCAGGGAGCGGCAGGCGGCGAGAAGGAAGAGUCCGUCGCCGGUGCCGCCCCCGCAGCAGCAGCAGCAGCAGCAGCAGCAGCAGGAUGUGAAGAUGGGUGGUGGGGGAGGGGGCGAGGAGGAGGAGGAGGAGGAGGAGAGGGCUGGAGAGGUGGAAGGGGAGGAGGAGGAUGAUAUGGAUGCGCAGAUGAAGGCUAUGUUGGGUAUUGCCGGCUUUGGGACGACGAAGCAGAAGAAGGUCAAGGGGAAUGAUGUGGGUGCGAUUAGUAAGAAUACGACGGUCAAGUAUCGGCAGUAUAUGAAUCGGCCGGGCGGGUUUAAUAGGGCGCUGUCGCCUUCGUAG